AUGAGCGGACGGCGCAGCAUCUUCAAUGCGCCACUUGCCCCCUGGGCUGAUGCCGUGGUGCGCUCGGUGUUGCUGGAGAAGGCACCAUCCGCGGCGCGGCCCAAGACGCACGCGCUCACCCCGUCACAGGUAUCUCAACUGGGCCUCUUCGUGCGGCCGGAGUACGCUGGCGAUGCCAUACUUCCGGAGGAGGCCUUGUGGGACGACACAAUUCAUGCCGGUUUUGCGCGGGCAGUUCUUGUUCACUCCAAACGCCUGAGAAGAAUUACUAGACGUCGCGGCGAUGUGCUCGCCGCGGUAGACUUCACCGCCCCUGCUCUUUCUUCCAGAGGUGUUGCACUUACUUCUUCAGAGGCGGAGAUGAAUACGUUGAGCACAACAGCGGAGGAGCGUGGCUAUGGCGCACCCUUUUGGCUCACUCGUGAGGAACUCGAGUACUUUCUUUUUUCUAACCUGAGACUGCGGUUGUUUUGGGGCCUUGGGGCGUCUCGUCACGUACAUGCUUCGCGUACGGGUGCGCCAAUACCCUCCGUGGAGGUGACAAACGACCGCGGAAGAAAAUGCCGCGUCAUGAAUGUAUCCGAGUUUGCCACAGCGAAACCUCGCAAGGAAGGCGGCCUG